UAAUAACGUCGCAAAAACCAGCGGAAUUACAAGAGUUCUACUGCCGCAAUUCUCGUCUACAAUGAGAGAACUUCACUUUAAGGAUUACUUUUGGGUAAGUGAAAAUGUUUGUAUUUGCAUUGUGUGUCAUCUGAGCUUCACCCUCAAUAAUUGUGCUUGCAGAACUAUUUGUUUUUAGAGCUCGAAAUCAUUUAUAAACAACUGAAGGAGCAUACACAAUGAUCUAUUUAACAGGUCUAGUGAUGUCUGUUAGGUCAUUGAACUUAUUCAGAAUAUUACACACUGCAUGGACUGGAUGUUUUGUUAGCAUGUCUCCUACCCAGCAGUGUAGUUCUGGUCCUUUUGAACACCUUGUAAUAUAUGCAGAUGCCAAUCAGAUUGGCAGGGCUCAGGAGUAUUCCUACCCCUACAGUGUAGGCCUGAUGUAUACCUCUAAUCACAUGUGGUUAAAAUGAUUAUAUGUCAUUAUCUCAUGCAGACAUACAUUACAGGGUACUUCAACUGCAGUUUAUCAUCCCAAACACAUAUUUAUUCAUGCUCACGAAAUACUUAUAUUGCUUCAUUGCUGUUAGCUUUAUUGUUUCCGUAGUCUGAUGUAUUGUGUGCUAAAGCCCAUUGGGAAGCUUUUACAUUCUGGAUUAUUUUGGUUUUGGCCUUUGGGGGUCUUCUCUCUGUCAGAAAUGUUGUAAUGAGUUGUUUCCUUUUUGAUAGACUGUUAAAAGGCAAUGCAGCGAGGAGUAUAAGGUUCUGAUAGACCAGUACUGGGAGGGCGUGAGAGGCCAUCCAUGCUGACGUAUUAUUAUUCCAUCUUCCCCAAUGUUGCCAGAACGGGGAGCUGACCAGUACCGGGGGUUAUGACUAUAUCAUCCAGCACCUCAACGAUGGUAAGAGGACAUGCAAGGAGAUAGAAGACUUCAUGAAAGCCAGGUGAGAAACCAUGUGAGAUAUCAUCCAAUAGAAACCAUUUAAUUGAAUCCUCAGACUACUACAGAGAAUAUGCUCUGAAACAAAAGACAGUAUGGGGUUGUUGUGUCUAUGUUUACAUCAACUGAAUAUCAAUCAUGUUUUGUUGUGGACUGACCUUUUCAAAGGGCACGAGGGCUUCAUUCACAACACAGAAGUAAGAAAGCCAGUCAUCAUUUGGGCACAGAAAAUUAAUAAUUCUACAUCUGGGCAAAGUGUACUGUGAAUGGUGUUGGUGUUCCACAAACACUGCUGCUGUGUUUCCUGUUUCUGGUGUCACUGAGUGUGCACUUACAGUAAAAGCGAGGGGUUAAUCUGUUUUAUCUGCUAUUUCCUCAUUUUGGACAGAAAUGCCACUAUUAUCCAAUGGUCUAGAAUGGUGUCAGUGUCAAUCUAAGACAGCAUGUAGACUAUAGUUUACAUAUUUGUCUUUAGCUCGUCCUACUUCAUAUUUACUGUGUAUACACCACAUGAUUUGAAUGUGAAGAUUUUUCCUCCCAAUCUUAAAUUCCCGACCAACUGAUACAGCAUACUUGAUCAAAGUUCUUAUUAUGAAUCAUUACUGUGUUUAAUACUUUUGAAUUUGUUGUUUCCUUCCUCCUCUCUGGACUGUAGUGUUUAAUGAUUAAUCGAAGCACAAAACAGACUGUGCAAUCAGUCAUGCACAAGGAAACAACUCCAUAACAACACUGUUGUAUUGAAAGAUAUAAAGUGGGAUUUUGCAUAUGUUAGUUCCUUUAAGCUAAAGAAACUGAAAGCAGUUUUGAAGUUAUCUUUUUAAAAAUCUCAUGGACACUGUGGACUUCCCUUCUGUGGUGCAUUGUGGUGCAGAUCCUCACGCUAUAGCCUAAUGUUCUCUCAUGCACGUACUGUAGCUAACGUUUGUUAACUGUCUGAAGAGACGUGUUUGGUUAUCUUUCAGAGCAUCCAUAGAGGAGAAGUAUGCCAAAGAGCUACUGGGUCUCUCCAAGAAGGUGUGUGGGCACAAUGAGAUGAAGUAAGUAAAUAUUCCUGUUGCUGAUGUUAUGAAUUCUUGAGUAGAGAUUGCUUGCCAUCAGUCAGUGACUGUAAAAAUGUAUACAGAAAUAAUUUGAAAGGCCUGCUAAUGAAGGUAGGGGAACUUCAGGGGCGGACUAGGACCAAAAAUCGGCUUUGGCAUUUCUAACACACCGGUAAAAAUGUUUCCUUGAGGCCCUCACACCUGCCUAUUUUUUUCCUCGAGGCCCCCACACUAACCCAUUAUUUUCCUUGAGGCCCCCACACCAACCCAUUAUUUUACUUGAGGCCCCCACACCAACCCAUUAUUUUCCUCGAGGCCCCCACACCAAUCCAUUAUUUUACUUGAGGCCCCCACACCAAUCCAUUAUUUUACUUGAGGCCCCCACACCAGCCCAUUAUUUUCCUCGAGGCCCUCACACCAACCCAAUAUUUGACUUGAGGCCAGAUAAUGAUGAUUUUGCAAUCAAAAAAACAAGGUAGACAGGCCCACUAGGCAACAAAUGGACCAGCCCAUCUGGCAUUUGCCCGAAAUGCCAGAUGGCCAGUACCCCCCCGAUGGGCUUUGUUGAAAGCCCUUAAAAGCCAUCACAUAACAUAUUUAAUAGCCUUCUGAUUGCCUGGGUGCCAGUCUGUGUCACGCCCUGACUCUGGGGACUCGUAUUUGUUGAGUCAGGGUGUGUAUUUUCUGUGUUGUGUUGUUCUAUGUUAUAGGUUCUAGAAUGGACAUUUCUAUGUUGGCCGGUGUGGUUCCCAAUCAGAGGCAGCUGUCGCUCGUUGUCUCUGAUUGGGGACCAUACUUAGGCAGCCUAUUGGCACUAGUGGUUUGUGGGAUCUUGUUCCGUGUAGGUAUGUUUUGUGUUCUACCUUGGACUUCACGUUUCGUUUGUUUAUUGUUUUGUCGGUUGUUUAUUCAUUAAAAUAAACAUGUACGCAUAUCACCAUUUGUUUCACAUGUAGAAAGAUGGUAUCUGCAGUGGCGCAAUGGCCCACGCAGAACUAUACAGAGAAAUAAAAGUAUGCAUUAGUGUUAUUAGUGCAUUACUGUUAUAAGAUUGAAUUGCUGUUGAGGCUUUUUCUGUUGAGAAGGAUUCUGUCUAUGGCUUGAGUGCCCAUCCUGUUUCAGUAUGUUCACCUGUUUGGUUUUGUGAUUAAGGCCUUUUCCAGUAAAGUGAUUGCUCUAAAACGGAAUAAUCAAACAGCUCAUGCUGGUUACACUUACUGAUUGUGUGAAGUUACACUGUUAAAAUGGAAAGACUCAAAACACCACCAUUGUCUAAUGAAACCAUGAAAAGUAAUGCACCAAAGCUGAGAUCUGGUGUUUGAAGGGUGUUUGAAUGUAAAACCCAAUGUAAGUGUUAUGAUACACAGAAAGUGUUUUAAAACAGAAUUGAAGUAUUCUGAAACACCCAAAGUGGUUCUUCAAUCUGAGGAUUGGUGUUUUUAAGAGAGUGUUGUGAAAACACUUUUUGGGGUCUCAGUGCAUGUAAAAACACAACAAUAUUUAUUUGCAGACGGUGUCUCUAAUACAAUCAAAUGGUUUAAUCAAAUGGUUUGGAAAUACAAAUGGUUAGCCUAAACAUUGAUUGAUGAUAAGUUUCAAUCAAUAUUUUACUACUUAUUGUUGGGUAUUUGUACAUUAAGAGACAGAGCUGUCAUAUGUUCCACAAUUUGCUGAAAUAUCUAACACUGGGCAUGUAAUACUUUUCCUAGAGCCAGGCUCAUUGUGAUAUUAUAAAUUAGGUUACAAUCAAAAUGUUUAGGGCUAUGUAAGUUAUAGUAGAGGUAACAUGAUAUAACAUGUAUAAAGUGGGCCUUCAUCUCUGGUAUUUGUGUGACAAGGUGGAUUUGAACCUGGGUCUCCUGUUUGUCAAGACACUUCCUUAGUCCACUCAGACAGUCUUCAGGACUCAACGGUUUAACUGAACCAGCCUUGUAACACUGAGCACAUGAGGUCCAAUUCAUACUUGAGAUAAGUAGACUUAACGGCGACUUAAGUCAAUAGAAAAUGGACUUAAUUUAAAACAUUUUGCUGAAUACUUAAACUUCUCUCAAGUCUGAGUAGGGACUAUGGAGAAUAUUUUUGUGGAAUUCCACUUUUAUUCCACCGCUCUGAUGCUUUCUCCGGUGAGAUAGUUUCAGUCACUUGCGAAUUGAAGAAAAGUGCACUGUUCGAGAUGCUGGAAUUAUUCUGGAUGAACGUGCGAAGGUAACCAACGUUUUGAAGUGAUUGGUUUGACAAUCAGAUGAAAACAUCAUGACUGGUUGUGUUCAUGGCACAUUAAAAGGUAAUACAUUUUACGUUUACUCCAAACUGAAUCUAUUUUGCUACGAAAACAAUUGUUUAUAUUGGAAGUAGUUCCCCCCCCUGUUGUGUGCUCUGUUUGCUUCUGUUUGGUUCUUAAACGGUAAACUGUUUCCGCUGUAAGAUGUAAUGAAUAAUGCCCAGUUUUCUUAAUGCUACAUGUAGUUAAUCGACACGUGUCACUGGCAUGUUUGUCUACUACCUUUAUCAGCUUUGUCUAUAGCUUUGUCUUUUUACAUUAAUAUUGUUAUCUUUUUGCUAUAUUAGCAUACCUUUAUUCAUUUAUAUGCAUUCGCAUAUAUUUCUAUUUAUAUAUUUCAUUAUUGGAUAUUCAUAUUGCAAUUUAUUUAUAUUAUAGCUGUUAAUAACUAAUUAUGUGUUCAUGUACUUUAUAUGUCAUUUUUGCUUGUUAUGCUGUUUCUCUGUCUACCUGCAGAAAACCAUACAUACAUACAUACAUACAUACAUACUACGUUUCCCACCGGCUGGUCAAUCCUAAUCACAACCAAUCAAGACAAGGAUCACAGAUUAAUGCCAACUGAACUGUCAACUGUCAAUCAUAUCAUCUAACUCAACUGUACUGUGAUUCAAUCCAUCUGAAUACAAUGUAUACAGUAUAUGAAUAUAUCUGAAUAUAAUGCCAUAUUCCCUUGAUUUUGAAGAAUAUGAAUAUUACUUUAUCAAUAUAAAAAUGUGAAAGACCUGUUAACGUUUUGUCAUUGGAUAAUUUGCAACGAAAAAAAUUAAGCAUUUGAAGCUUGUACUAAUGAUUAAUUGUGCUUGUAUUAAUUAUUAUCCUAGACAAUCUUAUUAAUUUGCAUUUUCACAAAACUAUAUUUUCAGGUGUUCUUUGUUUGAGAAUAAUACUUUACAUUUGACAUUUUGGAAUUACUAAAGAGGAGUUUAUUAACACACACCAUAUAAGAGCAGGGAAUGCAUUCUGCACUAGAUAGGAUUCGAAACGCCAUAAUUAGUGUUUAGGAUCUUUAGAUAGAGGAAACGGCACCAAAUGAAAAUGAAUCUAUUUCUGCACUAAACAGGACUCAAAACAACAAAAUAGUGUUUUUAUCAUUUCCCUUUAGUGCUCCCAGUCUCUGGCAAGGUGUUGCACAACUCUUGAUUAUGUGGUGUUACAACACACCAUUUCAGGUUUCAGAACAUCUCAGGAUUAUGUGUUUCAACACUCUAGCAACGUUGGUGGCAGCUCAGUUGGUUGUAGUGUUACAAAACACUUAAUUUGAACAGUGUAGGUUGUACUGCAUGCAUUACUUUUCAUAAAGCUAGUGUUUGUUUGUUUGUUUAAUAAUUUAGCACACUGAAGAGAUCGCUGGACGUGUUCAAACUGCGUAAGUGUUGCUGUCACAACACAUUUUUCUGAUGAUGUAUGUUGAUGACUAAGCUCUAUUUUUUGUAUUUCCAUGUGUGUGCAUGUAAGUGAGUGAGUGAAUAAGUGAGUGAGUGUGAGUGCGAGUUUGAGUGUGUGUGUGGGUUCAUGUAAUUUACUAACUCAUUCAAACCCCAACUUUACAACAUAGAAACUGAACAUGUAAGUUUAUCACACCUACAACUGGCACAAACAAUGCGGGACGAGGCGAAAAAAAUUGAGGACUUCAGAGAAAGACAGAAAGAGGCAAGAAAAAAGGUACAUUAGAAUAACAAUUACUUAAAUGCCAAAUAAAUGUAGGAAGUCAUACAACCUUUAAUUAAUUAUAGAUCUCAUGCAUUGCUAAUACAGUGCACUCUGCUUAAUAGUGAAUGCAGUUGUAGUGAUCAAUUGCUUAAAAUCGCUUAUAUCAACGUAUAUAGAGAGGCAAGCCAGCAACCGGAGGGUUGCCAGUUCGAAUCCCAUGUCUGACGGAAACCUGCAACCUCUGUGUCUUUCGGAGGGGUUAGGACAAAGCGGAAGUCAAAUUUCAGUUGGACCUUGUGUACAAUUGACAAAUAAAGUGAUCUUAAUCUUAAUCGUCCUGCACAGAUGUGAUAACUAUAGGGGUGCACUGUAAUUGCAAAUCAUGGAUAUAUAAUCUCUAUCUUCUUUGCUUUAAUAUAUUAUCUUUGAAACCUCUUCUUCACAGGUAGAACAACAGAUGGAUGCCCUACACAAACAGAGGGCCACACAGUUCAAGAAAGCCAUGGAGGUAAGCUGGAUAACUUUCCUACAUUGUUAGACAAACCACCAGUUAUCAUCCCUAAACGAAGUAAUCCUGAAUUGAUCAUUUGUUCUCUAAAGGCAUGUCUAGUUUCAGUCAUCAUGUUACCAAAACAUGAAGCAGUCUUGUAAUCUAAGUAAUCCUUUAUCUGAGAAGAGGGAAGUUCAUCAACAGCCAUGGGGAGUGAAGAAUGGAGGAACCUCUCAAAUAAAUGUAGAGUUUCAUUAUAUGUACUGGGGCAGUUACUGUAAAUUAGUACAUAGUACAUGAUUACAUACAUAUUAUGUAGCCUACAAAGAGCAGGUCACUGAGCAGGUCCCUUGUCUAGUAUGGUCUAUUUAGACUACAUUUGGUUUGUAAAACAAUAUGACAAUAAAGUCUGUUCCAUACACAUGUAGGAUCUUAAUUUGACCAUUGUCACAGCAAAAGAAUCCUGCAGCAACAAAAUGUUGCUUGAUCGGUGGUUAGGCUUUUAGCUGGCCAAAAGUAGGCUACAUGAAAAGUGCAAUAAUGUUAAUAUAACUGUGUGUUAGUGUGGGUUUUCAGUGAAUUUAUGUAAAACAUGAAGGUCAUCUUUAUUUCCUUGGGUGCAGGAAAAAUCUCAGCAACAGAAGAGUGAUCAAAUAAAGAUCCUACAUCUGUAUCGGGUUCUGGGAAUAACAAUAGCUAUAAAAACACAUUAUCCUUCUGUUUUCCUUAUUAUUCCCAUAUAUCCUGCAGGGCUACAGGGCAAAGGUUAUGUUUUGUGGAGUUCCACUCAGAGAGAGCUGGAGUCAGUCCUGGGCCCAUAUUCACAGAGUAGGAGUGCUGAUAUAUGAUCAGUUUUACCUUUUAGAUUAUGAUGAAUUGUAUUUGUCACAUGCGUCAAAUACAAUAGGUGUAGACCUUACAGUGAAAUGCUUACUUACGAGCCCUUAACCAACGAGCCCUUAACCAACAAAGAUUUGCAGAAUAAACUAAAGGAAAAAUAGAACCAUAAUAAAAAUAACGAGGCUAUAUGCAAAGGGUAUGGGUACCGAGUCAAUGUGCAGGGGUACGGGGUAGUCGAGGUAAUUGAGGUAAUAUGUACAUGUAGGUAGGGGUGAAGUGAAUAUGCAUAGAUAAUAAACAGAGAGUAGCAGCAGCGGUUGUGAAGAGUGUGAAGGAAUGUGAAUGUAUGUGUGUAUGUGUGUGUGGCGUCAAUAUGCAUGUGUGUGUGUGGUUUGUGAGUGUGUCUGUGUGUGUGUAUGUGUGUGUGUUGGAGUGUCAGUGCAGUAUGUGAGGGUGUGUGGUUAGAGUCCAGUGACUGUACAUCAAGCCUGUGCAAGAGAGUCAGUGCAAAAAAUAAUAAUAGAUAAUAAUAAAAUGCAAAUAGUCCAGGUAGCCAUUUGAUUAACUGUUCAGCAGUCUUAUGGCUGUUAAGAAGCCCUUUGGACCUAGACUUGGCGCUCCUGUACCGCUUGCUGUGUGGUAGCAGAGAGAACAGUCUAUGACUAGGGUGGCUGGAGUCUUUGACAAUUUUUAGGGCCUUCCUCUGACACCGCCUGGUAUGGAGGUCCUGGAUGGCAGGAAGCUUGGCCCCAGUGAUGUACUGGGCAGUACGCAUUAUGGUGUUGAGUACCUUGCGAUCGGAGGCCGAGCAGUUGCCAUACCAGGCGGUGAUGCAACCAGUCAGGAUGCUCUGAUGGUGCAGCUGUAGAACGUUUUGAGGAUCUGAGGACUCAUGCCAAAUCUUUUCAGGCUCCUGAGGGGGAAUAGGCUUUGUCGUGCCCUCUUCACGACUGUCUUGGUGUGUUUGGACCAUGAUAGUUUGUUGGUGAUGUGGACCCCAAGGAACUUGAAGUUCUCAACCUGUUCCACUACAGCCCCGUCGAUGAGAAUGAGGGCUUGCUCAGUCCUCUUUUUUUUCCUGUAGUCCACAAUCAUUUCCUUUGUCUUGAUCACGUUGAGGUAGAGGUUGUUAUCCUGGCACCACACAGCCAGGUUUCUGACCUCCUCCCUAUAGGCUGUCUCAUCGUUGUAGGUGAUCUGGCCUACCACUGUUCUGUUGUCGGCAAACUUAAUGAUGGUGUUGGAGUCGUGCCUGGCCAUGCAGUCAUGGGUGAACAGGGAGAACAGGAGGGGACUGAGCAUGCACCCCUGAGGGGCCCCCGUGUUGAGGAUCAGCGUGGCAGAUGUGUUGUUACCGACCCUUACCACCUGGGGGCGGCCUGUCAGUAAGUCCAGGAUCCAGUUGCAGAGGGAGGUGUUUAGCCCCAGGGUCCUUAGCUUAGUGAUGAGCUUAAAGGGCACUAUGGUGUUGAACGCUGAGCUGUUGUCAAUGAAUAACAUUCUCACGUAGGUGUUCCUCUUGUCCAGGUGGGAAAGGGCAGUGUGGAGUGCAAUAGAGAUUGCAUCAUCUGUGGAUCUGUUGGGGCGGUAUGCAAAUUGGAGUGGGUCUAGGGUUUCUGGGAAAAUGGUGUUGAUGUGAGCCAUGACCAGCCUUUCAAAGUACUUCAUGGCUACAGACGUGAGUGCUACGGGUCGGUAGUCAUUCUUGGGCACAGGGACUAUGGUGGUCUGCUUGAAACAUGUUGGUAUUACAGACUCAGUCAGGGACAUGUUGAAAAUGUCAGUGAAGACACUUGUCAGUUGGUCAGCGCAUGUUCGGAGUACACGUCCUGGUUAUCCGUCUGGCACUGCGGCCUUGUGAAUGUUGACCUACUUAAAAGUCUUACUCACAUCGGCUACAGAGAGCGUGAUCACAUAGUCAUCCGGAACAGCUGACGCUCUCAUGCAUGCUUCAGUGUUUCUUGCCUCGAAGCAAGCAUAGAAGUGAUUUAGCUCGUCUGGUAGGCCUGUGCUUCCCUUUGUAGUCUGUAAUAGUUUUCGAGCCCUGCCACAUCCGACGAGCGUCGGAGCCGGUGUAGUACGAUUCAAUCUUAGUCCUGUAUUGACUCUUUGCCUGUUUGAUGGUUAGUCGGAGGGCAUAGCGGGAUUUCUUAUAAGCGUCCGGGUUAGAGUCCCGCUCCUUGAAAGCGGCAGCUCUACCCUUUAGCUCAGUGCGGAUGUUGCUUGUAAUCCAUGGCUUCUGGUUGGGAUAUGUACGUACGGUCACUGUGGGGACGACGUCAUCGAUGCACUUAUUGAAGAAGCCAGUGACUGAUGUGGUGUACUCCUCAAUGCUGUCGGAAGAAUCCCGGAACAUAUUCCAGUCUGUGCUAGCAAAACAGUCCUGUAGCUUAGCAUCUGCGUCAUCUGACCACUUCCUUAUUAACCGAGUCACUGGUGCUUCCUGCUUUAGUUUUUGCUUAUAAGCAGGAAUCAGGAGGAUAGAGUUAUGGUCAGAUUUGCCAAAUGGAGGGUGAGGGAGAGCUUUGAACGCGUCUCUGUGUGUGGAGUAAAGGUGGUAUAGAGUUUUUUUUUCUCUGGUUGCACAUUUAACAUGCUGGUAGAAAUGAGGUAGAACGGAUUUAAGUUUCCCUGCAUUAAAGUCCCCGGCCACUAGGAGCGCUGCCUCUGGAUGAGUGUUUUCCUGUUUACUUAUGGCCUUAUACAGCUCAUUGAGUGCAAUCUUAGUGCCAGCAUCAGUUUGUGGUGGUAAAUAGACAGCUACGAAAAAGAUGAAAACUCUCUUGGUAAAUAGUGUGGUCUACAGCUUAUCAUGAGAUACUCUACCUCAGGCGAGCAAAACCUCGAGACUUCCUUAGUAUUAGAUUUUAUGGACCAGCUGUUGUUUACAAAUAUACACAGUCCGCCACCCCUUGUCUUACCGGAGUCAGCCGUUCUAUCCUGCCGAUGUAGUGUAUAUCCCGCCAGCUGUAUGUUAUCCAUGUCGUCGUUCAGCUUCGACUCUGUGAAACAUAAGAUAUUACACUUUUUAAUGUCCCGUUGGUAGGAUAACCUUAAUCUUAGGUCGUCCAAUUUAUUUUCAAAUGAUUGAACAUUGGCUAAUAGUAUUGAUGGAAGAGGCAGUUUACUCGCUCGCCGUCGGAUCCUUACAAGGCACCCCGACCUACGUCCACGAUAUCUCUGUCUCUUUCUCAUGCGAAUGACGGGGAUUUGGGCCUUGUCGGGUGUCUGUAGAAUAUCUCACCAACCCCACUCCAUGUCACUAACCCCCCACCCCCACCAACCACCCUCCUUGUCACCAACCCCCCCACUAACCCCCCCACCUGUCACUAACCCCCCCACCAACCCCCCUCCCUGUCACUAACGGUCAUUCCAUGUCAUUAACCACAGUCAAAGAAGACAUACGAGCAGAAGUGUCGAGACAAAGAGGAAGCAGAACAGAACAUGAACCGUAAUGCUAGCACCAGCAAUGCCAAGCAGCAGGAAAAGGUAGGUAUUCUGAGAGACUGCGGGGGGGAUGGUAUAGUGUUAGUGUUGCUGGCCCCGGACCACACAUUACCCCUGGAAUCAUGGGUUCAAACCCAGACUGCAACACUUUCCAUUUCCUCCAUCUCCUUUAUCUCCUCAUCAAUCACUUAUUCACUGUAUUUGUCAAUUAAAAAAUAAAUAAAAAUAAAAUAAAAAAUAAACCGAAAGCACUAGUGUUUAAAGGAAAUAGCAGGCCUAUUUUGACCACAGGAAUCAGACCACAAGAAUUAGGCCUACACUGACCACAGGAAUCAGACCACAAGAAUUAGGCCUACACUAACCACAGGAAUCAGACCACAAGAAUUAAGCCUACACUGACCACAGGAAUCAGACCUACACUGACACCAGGAAUCAGACCACAAGAAUUAGGACUACACUGACCACAGGAAGAACAAGGCUAUCUAGUUUAUGAAGAGGACAUUUACCAAUCAGACAUGUGCUUUCACUCCGGUAUGCAGCAUUGCAUUGAAAGUAAUACUUGAACACAAGAAAGAGUUGAAUAAAGUACAGAAUCAAUGAUUUUCUUCUUCAUCAUCUUUCAGCUAUUGACAAAAACACUGCAAGCAAAGCAGAAUGCAGAAGAAGCUGGUAAGAAUGACAACAUAUUCUCCUUUGGUCUCUUAGCAACCAUCAACAGGGAAAACAGCAAUAUAGUCUAAAGAGAAUCUAAAAUGUGCCGCUAUAGUAUGGUCUCCCAAGAUGAAAUCUCUGAUUUUAAUCCCAGACAGGCUAUACAUGCAGAAUGUGUCUGUGCUGGGAAAAACCAGGGAGGACUGGCUGAACGAACACAUUAAAGCAUGUGAGGUAAGGGCCAGAAAGCAUGAUGAUACAGUGGGGAAAAAAGGAUUUAGUCAGCCACCAAUUGUGCAAGUUCUCCCACUUAAAAAGAUGAGAGAGGCCUGUAAUUUUCAUCAUAGGUACACGUCAACUAUGACAGACAAAUUGAGAAUUUUUUUCUCCAGAAAAUCACAUUGUAGGAUUUUUAAUGAAUUUAUUUGCAAAUUAUGGUGGAAAAUAAGUAUUUGGUCACCUACAAACAAGCAAGAUUUCUGGCUCUCACAGACCUGUAACUUCUUCUUUAAGAGGCUCCUCUGUCCUCCACUCGUUACCUGUAUUAAUGGCACCUGUUUGAACUUAUUAUCAGUAUAAAAGACACCUGUCCACAACCUCAAACAGUCACACUCCAAACUCCACUAUGGCCAAGACCAAAGAGCUGUCAAAGGACACCAGAAACAAAAUUGUAGACCUGCACCAGGCUGGGAAGACUGAAUCUGCAAUAGGUAAGCAGCUUGGUUUGAAGAAAUCAACUGUGGGAGCAAUUAUUAGGAAAUGGAAGACAUACAAGACCACUGAUAAUCUCCCUCGAUCUGGGGCUCCACGCAAGAUCUCACCCCGUGGGGUCAAAAUGAUCACAUGAACGGUGAGCAAAAAUCCCAGAACCACACGGGGGGACCUAGUGAAUGACCUGCAGAGAGCUGGGACCAAAGUAACAAAGCCUACCAUCAGUAACACACUACGCCGCCAGGGACUCAAAUCCUGCAGUGCCAGACGUGUCCCCCUGCUUAAGCCAGUACAUGUCCAGGCCCGUCUGAAGUUUGCUAGAGUGCAUUUGGAUGAUCCAGAAGAGGAUUGGGAGAAUGUCAUAUGGUCAGAUGAAACCAAAAUAUAACUUUUUGGUAAAAACUCAACUCGUCGUGUUUGGAGGACAAAGAAUGCUGAGUUGCAUCCAAAUAACACCAUACCUACUGUGAAGCAUGGGGGUGGAAACAUCAUGCUUUGGGGCUGUUUUUCUGCAAAGGGACCAGGACGACUGAUCCGUGUAAAGGAAAGAAUGAAUGGGGCCAUGUAUCGUGAGAUUUUGAGUGAAAACCUCCUUCCAUCAGCAAGGGCAUUGAAGAUGAAACGUGGCUGGGUCUUUCAGCAUGACAAUGAUCCCAAACACACCGCCCGGGCAACGAAGGAGGGGCUUCGUAAGAAGCAUUUCAAGGUCCUGGAGUGGCCUAUGAGGAAAAUUACACGCCUCUCUCAUCUUUUUAAGUGGGAAAACUUGCACAAUUGGUGGCUGACUAAAUACUUUUCCCCCCACUGUAUUUAGUUUCUUUGUUAGUUACAUACUGUAUUACUGGUGUAAUACUUUGACUACAUCCAGGUAUUUGUUUGUCAGCUAUAUGUUGUAGUAUUGGUAUAUAUCAUUUACAUCCAGUUAUUUGUUUGUCAGCUAUAUGUUGUAGUAGUUUUUAUUAUUUAUUUAUUUAUUUUGUAUUUGUUUAACUUUAUUUUAUUUUUUAAUUUUUUUGGGGGGGUAGAUCAGCUUUAAUAUUGCAGAUAUAUUGUAACUUCCAUCAAUGUAAUUGUCUGCAUCACUUCCAUUCCCCCAUUGUACUCCUGAGUGGCGCAGUGGUCUAAGGCACUGCAUCGCAGUGCUAACUGUGCCACUAGAGAUCCUGGUUCGAAUCCAGGCUCUGUUGCAGCCGGCCGCGACCGGGAGAUUCAUGGGCGGCGCACAAUUGGCCCAGUGUCGUCCAGGGUAAGGGAGGGAAUGGCCGGCAGGGAUGUAGCUCAGUUGAUAGAGCAUGGCGUUUGCAACGCCAGGGUUGUGGGUUCGUUUCCCACGGGGGGCCAGUAUAAAAAUAUAUAUAUAUAUAUGUAUUCACUAACUGUAAGUCGCUCUGGAUAAGAGCGUCUGCUAAAAUGACUAAAAUGUAAAAAAAAAAAAAAAAGUUUUUUCCCCUCACAAAUAUAGUUGAAGUCGGAAGUUUACAUACACUUAGGUUGGAGUCAUUGAAACUCAUUUUUCAAUCACUCCACAAGUUUCUUGUUAACAAACUAUAGUUUUGGCAAGUCGGUUAGGACAUCUACUUUGUGCAUGACACAAGUAAUUUUCCAACAAUUGUUUACAGACAGAUUAUUUCACUUAUAAUUCACUGUAUCACAAUUCCAGUGGGUCAGAAGUUUACAUACACUAAGUUGACUGUGCCUUUAAACAGCUUGGAAAAUUCCAGAAAAUGAUGUCAUGGCUUUAGAAGUUUCUGAUAGGCUAAUUGACAUCAUUUGAGUCAAUUGGAGGUGUACCUGUGGAUGUAUUUCAAGGCCUACCUUCAAACUCAGUGCCUCUUUGCUUGUCAUCAUGGGAAAAUCAAAAGAAAGCGAAGACCUCAGAAAAAAAUGGGAGACCUCUACAAGUCUGGUUCAUUCUUGGGAGCAAUUUCCAAAUGCCUGAAGGUACCACGUUCAUCUGUACAAACAAUAGUAUGCAAGUAUAAACACCAUGGGACCACGCAGCCGUCAUACCGCUCAGGAAGGAGACGCGUUCUGUCUCCUAGAGAUGAACGUACUUUGGUGCGAAAAGUGCAAAUCAAUCCCAGAACAACAGCAAAGGACCUUGUGAAGAUGCUGGAGGAAACAGAUUUAUAUCCACAGUAAAACGAGUCCUAUAUCGACAUAACCUGAAAGGCCGCUCAGCAAGGAAGAAGCCACUGCUCCAAAACCGCCAUAAAAAAGCCAGACUACGGUUUACAACUGCACAUGGGGACAAAGAUCGUACUUUUUGGAGAAAUGUCCUCUGGUCUGAUGAAACAAAAAUAGAACUGUAUGGCCAUAAUGACCAUCGUUAUGUUUGGAGGAAAAACUGCUUGCAAGCAGAAGAACACCAUCCCAACCAUGAAGGACGGGGGUGGCAGCAUCAUGCUGUGGGGGUGCUUUGCUGCAGGAGGAACUGGUGCACUUCACAAAAUAGAUGGCAUCAUGAGGAAGGAAAAUUAUGUGGAUAUAUUGAAGCAACAUCUCAAGACAUCAGUCAGGAAGUUAAAGCUUGGUCGCAAAUGGGUCUUCCAAAUGGACAAUGACCCCAAGGAUACUUCCAAAGUUGUGGCAAAAUGGCUUAAGGACAACAAAGUCAAGGUAUUGGAGUGGCCAUCACAAAGCCCUGACCUCAAUCCUAUAGAAAAGUUGUGGGCAGAACUGAAAAAGCAUGUGCGAGCAAGGAGGCCUACAAACCUGACUCAGUUACACCAGCUCUGUCAGGAGGAAUGGGCCAAAAUUCACCCAACUUAUUGUGGGAAGCUUGUGGAAGGCUACCCGAAACGUUUGACCCAAGUUAAACAAUUGAAAGGCAAUGCUACCAAAUACUAAUUGAGUGUAUGUAAACUUCUGACCCACUGGGAGUGUGAUGAAAGAAAUAAAAGCUGAAAUAAAUCGUUCUCUCUACUAUUAUUCUGACAUUUCACAUUCUUAAAAUAAAGUGGUGAUCCUAAUUGACCUAAGACAGGGAAUUUUUACUAGGAUUAAAUGUGAAAAGGAGUUUAAAUGUAUUUGGCUAAGGUGUAUGUAAACUUCCGACUUCAACUGUACAUACAUACACAUACAUACAUAAAUACAUAUAUGUACAUACAUAUCCUUUAAAAAAAAUAUAUUUCCCUUUAUUACUUCAAACCCCACCACCCCUUCCCUAAUUGGAGUAAACUAGUGAACAUCAACGCUUAGGCCUCUACUUCCAGCUUAUACAUACUAUAAACAUUUUAUGGACACAGUCAAUUUUACAAUAAUUAUAUAUUUUGUUUGUUUUUACUCCUGAACUUCCUCUACCCUCAACCUCUCCGAUCAUUUUCAUGAUGUCCAUCCGGUUUGCUUCUAUAUGCCAUAUCUUUCUAACUGUGCUCUUUCACAAAAGCUCUCAACCUAUAUACUUAUUAUGGACACAGUAUGCUUUACAUUAGUUAUCUUGUUGUUAUUAGUUCUUGUUAGUUGUUAUUAGUCCCAUCCUUCAGCUCCAAUCAAUAUCUCCCAUCUAUCUCUUAACACCAUCCAUAUAGGAUUUCUAUUUGCCAUAUAUUUUCAACUGUACUGUGAUGUUUCACAAAAGUUCUGAACCCUUCUAUUCUCAUUGUUUCUACAGAUUGUAAAUUGAAAAUAUUUUUUUUUGCAAAAAGUAUUAUUAUAUUAUUGAUCGAUUGACUAUGACUUUUCAGAUGUGUUGUAGGAUUGGUAUAUAUAAUUUACAUCCAGUUAUUUGUUUGUCAGCUAUAGGUUGUAUUACUGGUAUAUAUAAUACAGUGCUCUGUUACAUCCAGAUAUUUGAGAAGCAGGAAGUGGAGAGGAUCAGUACUCUAAGGAACAUGGUGUGGACUCACAUCAACCAGCUCUCCCAGCAGUGUGUCACCAGCGAUGAGGUAAAGUCACACUUUAAAUGCUUUAUUUUCUAGUGCAAUCUGUAAUAGUUACUUACUGGUAUUAUAUUUGUAUUGAUGAUACCCAUUGAUUCUCUAAGAAUAUAGCAAAUUAAGGAUUGUGGCUGUAAGUGACCUUCCGUAUUGCUUGUGUUUCUAACUUGUCCGUCUGUGUGUUUCUGUGUGUGUCUGUGUGUGUCUAUGGGUUCAGCUUUAUGAAGAAGUGAGGAAAUCUCUUGAACAGUGUGACAUACAGGAGGAUAUAGAACACUUUGUGAACCUCAGACGGACUGGGGACAAACCACCUGGUACAGUUCUCACUCUUCACAUAUCACCUUUGACAACAGGCACAUACAAUACAUUAUAGGUAAUCUAAGGACCACAAUGAAAAUCAGACUGACUUUUUUGUGUCAUCCUUGAUGGCAAAAUUGUGGUGUGUCCGGGUCCCCCUCCCUGACAGUCUAGUUGUGUAUUGUAGUUGUACUGUCCUCACUCCCUGGCCUGUUCUGUCCUCACCCCUUGGCCUGCUCUGUCCUCACCCCUCACCCCUUGGCCUGCUCUGUCCUCACCCCUCACCCCUUGGCCUGCUCUGUCCUCACCCCUGCUCUGUCCUCACCCCUUGGCCUGCUCUGUCCUCACCCCUCACCCCUUGGCCUGCUCUGUCCUCACCCCUGCUCUGUCCUCACCCCUUGGCCUGCUCUGUCCUUACCCCUCACCCCUUGGCCUGCUCUGUCCUCACCCCUCACCCCUUGGCCUGCUCUGUCCUCACCCCUGCUCUGUCCUCACCCCUUGGCCUGCUCUGUCCUCACCCCUCAUACCCUGGCCUGCUCUGUCCUCACCCCUCACCCCCUGGCCUGCUCUGUCUUCACCCCCUGGCCUUCUCUGUCCUCACCCGUCACCCCCAGGCCUGCUCUGUCCUCACCCCUGGCCUUUUCUGUCCUCACCCCUCAUCCCCUGGCCUGCUCUGUCCUCACCCCUCAUCCCCUGGCCUGCUCUGUCCUCACCCCUCAUCCCCUGGCCUGCUCUGUCCUCACCCCUCAUCCCCUGGCCUGCUCUGUCCUCACCCCUCACCCCCUGGCCUGCUCUGUCUUCACCCCCUGGCCUUCUCUGUCCUCACCCGUCACCCCCAGGCCUGCUCUGUCCUCAUCCUCUGGCCUUCUCUGUCCUCACCCCUCAUCCCCUGGCCUGCUCUGUCCUCACCCCUCAUCCCCUGGCCUGCUCUGUCCUCACCCCUCAUCCCCUGGCCUGCUCUGUCCUCACCCCUCAUCCCCUGGCCUGCUCUAUCCUCACCCCUCAUCCCCUGGCCUGCUCUGUCCUCACCUCUCACCCCCUGGCCUGCUCUGUCCUCACCCCUGGCCUUCUCUGUCCUCACCCGUCACCCCCAGGCCUGCUCUGUCCUCACCCCUGGCCUGCUCUGUCCUCACCCCUCUCCCUGGCCUGCUCUGUCCUCACCCCUGGCCUGCUCUGUCCUCACCCCUCUCCCUGGCCUGCUCUGUCCUCACCCCUCACCCCCUGGCCUGCUCUGUCCUCACCCCUCUCAAUGGCCUGCUCUGUCCUCACCCCUCACCCCCUGGCCUGCUCUGUCCUCACCCCUCUCCCUGGCCUGUUCUGUCCUCAUCCCCUGGCCUGCUCUGUCCUCACCCCUCCCCCUGGCCUGCUCUGUCCUCACCCCUCCCCCUGGCCUGUUCUGUCCUCAUCCCCUGGCCUGCUCUGUCCUCACCCCUCUCCCUGGCCUGCUCUGUCCUCACCCCUCUCCCUGGCCUGCUCUGUCCUCACCCCUCCCCCUGGCCUGCUCUGUCCUCACCCCUCCCCCUGGCCUGUUCUGUCCUCAUCCCCUGGCCUGCUCUGUCCUCACUCCUCAGCUCCUGUUCUGUAUGAGAACUUCUACAGCAGUCAGAGGGUCUCCGUAGCACCAUCAUUCUCCCGAACGGCUCCUCCUAUCACCAGGUGAGAGAGGUUUUAUCAAUAAAAUGAUUUUUCAAGCAAACCAAGAGUAGCUGAAAAUCGUUUCACCUUGAGAGAGGAACAACCCACACAGCAGAUGAGGGUCUUCCCCUUGCCACAAAAAUGUUUCUCAUCAUGUCGAUUUCUAUUUUGUGAAAAUCAGGAGGGGACCAUUGCCUAAUCCAACCAAUACCGAAGGUACAUGUUCAGAAAUUACAGAGAUAUAUAGAUAGAUAUUAUGACAGUUGUCAGAUAUUAUCCAUCAUUGAAUAAAUUGAUAAACUGUUAUUUUAUAUCCUUUUAAUGACAAGUCACUGUUUGUCUGUUUAUUUGUGCUUUGACUUCCUCUGCUGUAGGUGACGUGAUCUACUCAACUGUAGAUCCAGGCUACAGUGCUCAACGAUUCUAGCACACAUAUUCAGAGGUAAGUACAUAAUUAUUCAGUAUUUCAGCUUUAGUCAAAUUGACCGUUGUUAUCACAAUAAGUUUGAGACACCUAAAACCAUGGCUUUAUUUGUUUCCAGUUUUCGAUGGAUAUUGACUGCCUGGUGGAUUUACACAGAAGGCUGAGUGUGGAUUCCUUCAUUGAUGGAUAUAAAGAGUUGUAAUUCAACAGUGACACCUAACAAACCAACUAGCGAAAUAUCAGCAAUGCUGACGUUAAUUUGAGUACGUGUCGCCAUUGUGGUUUUAUAGCUGUGUUAUAAACAGUAAGAUGACGUGUC